UUUAUAAAUAUAUGAUUAUUGAAUUGUUAUUUAAGUAUUUAAUAUAUUAUAAUUCUUUAUAAAUUAAUAUGGGUGAAUAUGAUAAUAAUAUCAAUAAAUUAGUUAAGUCUGUUUACGUGUCUUCUGCAGUAAACAGCACUCCAAACUGUUUAGAUUGGGGUUCAAACGGAUUAGUUAUCUAUGGUUCCUGUAAUGCUAUUCACUUAUAUGAUCCUCAAAUAAUCAAUGAAAGUGAUGGACGAGUUAUAUCUUCAUUUGUUGCCCAUAAAAUGCGUGUAAAUAGUGUUAAGUGGGUACAUAAUAUAGACCCUUGUUGUCAACAACAAGAUUUUGUUUCUACUUCUACUGAUAAUACUGCUAUAUUGUGGGAAGAUAUUCUACCCACAGGAUCAUAUAAGUCUUAUGAAAAACUAAUUGGACAUUCUGAUGUUGUUACAAUUAGUGAUGCCUUAAGACUUGCUAAUCAAUCACUUUAUAUUGUUACGGCUGCUGGAGAUUGUACAGUUAAAGUUUGGUUUAAGCCCAUAAAUGAAAAUAAAUCAUUAUGUUUUCAAACCUUUGAUUUUGAUAACAUACUAUGUUUGUCUCUUAAAAUCACUGUUUUACCUCAUACUAAUUGUAUACUUUUGGCAUGUGGUUUAUCAAACAGUAAAAUACAGUUGUAUACAAAUGAUUUUAGCAACAGUAGUUCAGUAUUUGUUACCAGUCAUUCUUUAGUUGGACAUGAAGAUUGGAUUCGUUCAUUGGAUUUCAUAUCAGAAAAUAAUUCAGGAAAUUUAUUUCUGGCUAGUGGUUCUCAAGAUUCUGUGAUACGAUUAUGGAAAUUUACAAAAGAAAAUAAUGAUAAUACUUGCAAAAAAAAUAAAGAACUAAAUAAUACAUUAAGACAAGAAAUCAAAAAAAUUGAUGUCAUUAUGGACCCUGGCUCUAUUUGUAGUUUUAUCAUUGAAUUAGAAACUGCUAUAUCAGGACAUGAUGGUUGGAUUUAUGGAGUGCAUUGGAAGCCUAAUUUUAGCCAUGGGAAACAAAUUGAGUUACUUUCAGUGUCAAUGGAUAAAACAUUAGCAGUUUGGGCAUAUGAUGAAGACACAUGUCUUUGGGUUGAUUUUAUACGGUUGGGUGAAGUUGGUGGUAAUACAUUAGGCUUUUAUGGUGGAAAGUUUUCUCCUGAUGGUGAUUGCAUAUUAGCUCAAGGACACAAUGGAUCAUUACAUCUAUGGAAAAAAAAUAAUAACGGUAAUUGGACUCCUGGAGUUACAAUUGGGGGUCAUUUUGGAUCUGUUGAGGAUAUUGCUUGGGAUCCAGCUGGCAAAUAUAUUAUUUCUGUUGGUACUGAUCAGACUACCAGAAUCCAUGCACAAUGGUUACAAUCUAAUGAACAAGUUAUAAAUUUAUCUUCAUUUAACUGGCAUGAAAUGGCACGACCUCAAGUUCAUGGAUAUAAUAUGUCUAGUGUUGCUAUUUUGUCUAGUUUAAGUUUUGCAUCAUCGGCUGAAGAAAAAGUCAUACGAGUAUUUCAAGCUCCUUACAAUUUUUUAGAAAAUAUGAGUAAAUUGGCAAAAAUAAAUUUUUCUUCUGUUGAUAACAUGAAUUGUCCACUUGGUGCUUCUGUUCCAUCACUUGGUUUAUCAAAUAAAGCAGUAUCUAAAGAUGACUGUAAAAAUAUUUCUAGUCAACCGAAAAAAAAAGAUUAUCCUGAACAUUAUUUUAUGCCUUUGAAUUUAAACCAACCCCCAACUGAAGAAGAUUUAAUACAAAAUACUUUAUGGCCAGAAAUUCAAAAGCUUUAUGGUCAUGUAUUUGAAGUGUACUGUUUAGCAUCUUCACCUAAUCAUAAAUGGUUAGCCUCAGCAGCUAAAGCAACAUCAUUAGAAUUAGCUUCUAUAAUAAUAUGGAAUGCAAAUGAUUUUCAACAAGUACAAAAGUUGGUAUCACAUAAUUUAACUGUAACUCAGUUGGCUUUUUCACCAGAUAGUAAAAAACUUCUUUCGGUCUCACGUGAUCGUACUUGGUCAUUAUUUGAAUAUGAUCUGAAUACCAACUCUUUUGUUCUUAAAAGUAAAUCAGAUAAAUAUACUGGUAUUCAUACUAGAAUUAUAUGGUGUUGUGCUUGGAGCCAUAAUUCUGUAUACUUUGCUACGGGAUCCAGAGAUGGAAAGUUAGUGAUUUGGGGUCAAACUGUUGUUGACGACCAAAUUUCUUAUUGUGCCAAAACUGAACCUUUAGUAGAUCCAGAAAAGAAUUUUACAGCUGUAGCCUUUGCUCCAAAAUUAACUGAUGGAUGUAGUUCAUAUAUAUUAGCUGUUGGCUCAGAUUGUGGACAUAUUGCUAUAUAUAAAUGGAACUUUGAAAAAAAAUCAGUUACGCCUUGGUUUAAACUUACUGAUUUAUGCAAAGAAUUGGGGCAUCACUUAACAGUAAAGAAAAUUCAGUUUCAACCAUUACUGUCUAAAACAGACUCAAGGUAUAGAGAAGGUAUUUUGCAGAUGGCGUCUUGUGGUGCAGAUAUGAUGGUGAAAAUUUAUGAUAUAUUCUUAAAACACUUUUGAUUGACCUCUCUUAAAUUAAUUAUAAAUUAUUAAAUUAUAAUACAUUAUAUAAAUAA